AUGGAGGGCCUUCCAAACGACGCGCUUCUACUGGUUCUGAACAAACUCGCGGUCCAGGACCCCCCUUCCCUGCUGAGAGUCAUUUGCGCCGUCAAGCCCCUCUACGGCUUGGCCAAAGCGAACCCCAACAUCUGGAAGAAGGCUUUCUAUGGCCCAGACCUUUGGGAAGACACGAUGACGUCUGAUGAGAGAUUGCUCUUCGAACAACAGAGCGCUGAGCUGGAAGCACGCCUUGGAGCGAUGGAUAUCCUUAAUGUUCUGCAGCCGGCGGCUGGGUUCAAAGAGCUUGUGGAAGCUCGAUGGGUGAAGCAAAACAGUCGACCAAGCGCAAUGGAUUUUAUGCUGCAAGACACGCUUCGUCAGCUCAGCAGCGAAACUGAUACUGCCAGCUUUCUGUUUGCGAUCAGACUGCGCGGGAGCCUUCUCGCGUGGGGAUAUGAAGCACCUGUGGGAGGCUCUUAUCUGGGCAACGCAGUCGGAGCCGCGUUCUGGCGGGGGGUUUUCCAUCGUGCAUAUGCUUCUCCCAAGGCUGCAGGAAUGGAGGAGUUGAUCUUCAGCGCACCGCUCAUCAACACCUUCCAGGAGCCCUGGAUCUUUUUCACACACGUGCCACAGACAAGUGCAAAGUUUGCUUUGACCAUUCCCGAGGAGCAGGGAGUGCCAGAUGGAACCAAGGGCAGCUCUGGGAAGAACAAGCGAGAACGUCUGGGGUUCGAGAAAGACAUCCCUUGCGAACUAGAGAUGUGCUUCAGAGAGGCCUUGGAUAACACGUUAGCUUUGAUGCAACACAUCAAGCUUGGUAGCUGA